AUGUGGUCAGCCGUGUUCGUUGAAGGCAGGGGCAGUGGCCAAGGGAGGUGGGUUGCACUGCAAUCUUUGCAAUUGCGUGUACCAAAUCCUUUACCGCCACCUGGGCGGGAUGCCAGAAGACCUGCAAGCCAUGUCUUCGGAAAACAAAAGACCUUUUUCCAAGAGGCUAACUCCGUGAUCAAGGUAGCUCCGAAGAAUGCCCGUUGGUCGUUGGUGCGCUCCAAGCUCAGUACUUCCUUGGAGGAGUUUCACACGGAGAAAUCGAAGACCACAGUCAGCUGCGAAUGGCUUCCUCUGAGCGUUUGGGAAAAGCGUGGCUUCAACACCAGCCUGGUCCAGGAGAAAGGGGACAGCCGCAAUUGCCCAGUCUUUGGAGAGGUUUGGACAGCGCCGCUCACCACGGUGAAGUCCGAGGACAUUCGGGGCCAGGUGCAUAGAACUUUGGCUGAGAAAGAAUGGGCCGUGAAAAAGCUGAAGACUGACAAGAAGCGUGGCAAGGGCAAAACCGCACCAGACGCACCAGACUCUGGAGCAGCAGCCGCUGCCUCUGGAGCAGGCACUGCUGUCCUUGUGGAUAGCGAUGCUUGGAGUAUCCCAAGCUCGGAUGAGGAGAAGCAGCCACGCAAGGUCCCCAAGCAAGGCAAGAACGAUGAUGCCGGUGCUGCCAGAAAGGAAGCGCGCCAGUUGGCUUCCAAAUGGAAGCAAGAAGUUGGCAAGGCUGCCAAGUCCAUGGCCCAGCUGAAUUCCCUGUCCUUGACCGUGGCCGCUUUGCUUGACAAGAGCUCCAAGAACCCGGACUUGCUCACUGGCGAAGUUCAAGAUGGUUUGAAGGAAGGCGGUGUCAAGCUCUGUGAGCUCAAGUCUCGUGCCACCCAGUUGCUCAGCGCAACGGAUGCGGAUAAAUCUGCGGGACCGCCCAGAGCUUUGGAGCAGGCCGAGGAUGAGUUGAGCAAGAGCAUCAAGGCUGCUCAGGAAGUUGUGAAGGAUGCCAAAUGGGCCUUCAGCAUGGGCAAGCGCCGCUUGACGGGGGAGGAUCAAGAGCGCUUACACAAGGCCAUUCGGGUUCCAGGGGCCUCUGAACGGGCCGUUCUUGAGAUUUGGAACAUUGUGAAAGAUGAUGAAGCCCCCAUGAGACGGGGCGGCUUCAUGCCCCAAGUGCAUCUGCAGUUGGAGCGCUGGAAACGGUGCUUAGUUCCUACCACGUUCUCUUUGUUGGAUGGAUCUACGGUGGACAUACCCAUCCUCAAUCUUCAAGAGGCUCUGAAGGCAUUUUGCACUGACCCUGACACUGCUGCCUUUGCCAAUGCUUUGAAAAAGGGGCUCAGCCAGACAGGCAUGGUCACGCCGAUCAUCUUCGCAGAUGAGUGUACAGCUGGGAACGUGCUUGCAGCCAAUAAGUCACGAAAAGCAAUGAUAUACAACUUGAGUUGGCUGGAGCUUUGGCACUUGUUGAAAAAUCAACAUGCGUGGUUGCCUGUUGCCCUGGUACAGUCCACCUGCCUGAAUAAGCUUAGAGGUGGUGCAUCUGCCAUCAUGUUGGCGAUCCUGCGUCAGAAUGUCUCUGCCGCGAAUGUCGAAGGUUUUCCAUUGAAUGAUGGCAUUUUCUUCCGGCAGAAUCAAGAAGCGUGGUUUCUAGGAGACCACGACGCAGUAAGGGCGGUAUUCAGCCUAAAAGGCUCAGCGGGACUACGACCAUGUGUCUUUUGCCGUAACGUGGUAAAAGCUGCCAGCGGAGUGGUGGAAAUUGACGAGGACUUCAAAGAAAUCUCAGCGGCCAAUGGUUUCGACCUUGCUUCUGAUUCAGAUAUAUUCCGCCUCUGCGAUUCCUUGCUUCAACCAAUGAGCAAGAAAGAUCGGGAGAUGAAGGAACGCUGUUGUGGAGUGACAUGCAGUCCUGACACCCUCCUCUUUGACCCGUCUGAACGACUGAAGAUGCCGCCAAGCCGGAUCAUGUAUGAUUUCAUGCAUACUUAUCUGCACAACGGCUGUGCUAGCAGAGAAAUACAUCUCUUUCUGACCAACAUCUUCAGCCUGACAGAGGUCACCAGAGAAAUCCUUCAGGGUGCGGUUGUGGCUGCAGCUUGGAAAGCCACUCGCUCUAGUGGCAGGAAUGCACGCUACUUGGAACGCCUCUUUGCCGACUUCAUGUUUGGAGAUGAAACCUACAAGGGCCAAGCCAAUGAGACUGAUGCAGCGUUGCCUUUGGUCAGAUUCUACAUGGAAACCAUGAUGGUUCCUGGCGGCUGGGUACCAGAGCCAAUGAUCAAGUCUUUCAGGACCCUCUGCGACAUCGUUGACUUUGUCAAGCAAGUCCAACAUGGCUGCUAUUUGGUUGCCACUUCCUUGGGCCCUGGCGACAUCAUCAUCUGGCGCAAAUAUGGUGGAAUUAUCGUGCAAUGGUUUUGCUCAAGCUACGACGGCCUUUAU